CCUCGUGCGCUCCGUCCCUAACAGGCGAUCAGGAAUAAAACCCCAACCUCGUUUAAUCCUUCGCAGCUUCACACAAGGAAGAGAUGGCUCAGUCGCUCCGCUUCCUCUCUCCUCCGCCCACGGUCGGCAUCCCCUCCAAGCUCUCCCACUCCGUUCCUCCCAUCCCCUCCCUCCGCCGACCCUUCCCAUGCCCUCGUCUCCGCCACGCUUUCUCCAUCUGCGCGGCGGCUUCCCCCUCCCCCGAUCUCGUCGUCCCCCUUGGCGGUACCGCGGCGUCGUCCAUAGACGUAGAUGCAGUCACCGAGGCGGAGCUCAAGGAGAACGGGUUCCGGAGCACUAGGAGGACGAAGCUAGUGUGCACCAUCGGGCCGGCCACUUGCUCCCCACAGCAGAUCGAGGCGCUUGCUGUUGGCGGGAUGAACGUCGCGCGGAUCAACAUGUGCCAUGGUACCCACGAGUGGCACCGGGAGGUUAUCCGUCAGGUCCGCCGGCUCAACGAGGAGAAAGGGUUUGCUGUGGCUGUGAUGAUGGACACCGAGGGCAGCGAGAUUCAUAUGGGCGAUCUUGGCGGUGCCGCCUCUGCCAAGGCUGAGGAUGGUGAAAUUUGGACAUUCAGUGUGCGAGCUUUCAAUUCACCUCUUCCAGAAAGGACAAUAAUUGUGAAUUAUGAUGGCUUUGCUGAAGAUAUUAGAGUUGGUGAUUUACUUCUUGUGGAUGGAGGAAUGGUCAGAUUUGAGGUGACUGAGAAGAUAGGGCCAGAUGUAAAGUGCCGCUGCAUUGAUCCUGGACUGCUUUUACCUCGUGCAAACCUUACUUUCUGGAGGAAUGGUAGGCUAGUCCGAGAACGUAAUGCCAUGCUUCCUACAAUAUCUUCAAAGGAUUGGCUUGAUAUUGAUUUUGGGAUCUCUGAAGGUGUAGAUUUCAUCGCAGUUUCUUUUGUCAAAUCUGCUGAAGUUAUUAACCAUCUCAAAAGCUAUAUAGCAGCACGAUGCCGUGACAAAGAAAUUGCAGUUCUUGCAAAAAUUGAGAGUGUUGACUCCUUGAAAAACUUGGAAGCCAUUAUUCUUGCAUCAGAUGGAGCGAUGGUAGCUAGAGGAGACAUGGGUGCUCAAAUUCCAUUGGAAGAAGUUCCUUCAGCUCAGCAAAAAAUAGUCAGGACGUGCAGGCAGCUCAACAAGCCUGUAAUUGUGGCCUCUCAGCUUCUUGAAUCCAUGAUCGAGUAUCCUACACCCACUAGAGCUGAAGUUGCUGAUGUCUCAGAGGCUGUUAGGCAGAGAGCAGAUGCUCUGAUGCUCUCAGGUGAAUCUGCUAUGGGUCAAUAUCCAGAUAAGGCAUUAGCUGUGCUGAGAAGUGUCAGCCUACGAAUUGAAAGAUGGUGGAGAGAGGAGAAGCGCCAUGAGGCUAUGGAGCUUCCAGUUGUUGCAAAUUCUUUCUCUGACAAAAUCAUUGAGGAAAUUUGCAAUUCUGCUGCCAAAAUGGCAAACAACUUGGGAGUGGAUGCAGUCUUUGUUUUUACAAGUACUGGUCACAUGGCCUCUCUGCUAUCACGGUGUCGCCCUGAUUGUCCAAUCUUUGCAUUUACAUCCUCAACAUCUGUGAGGAGGCGAUUGAAUCUUCAGUGGGGUCUGAUACCCUUCCGUCUUAGUUUUUCUGGUGACAUGGAGAGCAAUCUUAACCGCACUUUUGCUUUGCUCAAGGCCAGAGGAAUGAUCCAGUCUGGUGACUUAGUGAUUGCUUUGUCAGAUCAGUUGCAAUCCAUUCAAGUGAUGAAUGUCCCAUAGGAGGAUGCUUGUAUUUGUCUUAGUGUGUAUCCAAUUUAUGAAAUUUUGCCCAAGCUUAUGGCAUGCAUGCUUGGCUGCUUGCUGUAUCCUUUAGACACAAAUGGUACCUACUAUUUCUUCUGGAUUACACAUUCCAUUCAAUGUUUUGAAUUGAAAUUGUGACAUUUGAUCUUAAUAAUAAAGAGUUAUUGGGUUCUUGCACCA